GAAUCGUUCGAAAAAGGUUAUGGAGACAGACGGGAGGAGAAGUUUAAUGUGCUGGUGCUGGUGCUGGUGCUGCUGAGAUACGUCGAACAGUAAUAUUGUCGGAAAUAGUUUUCUUGAUAAGGGAUAAGGAAUUAGACGUUUGCCUUUGCUGUUAUCGGAUGAGAUGUGUAUAUAUAUAUAUAUAUGAUGUGUAGGGAGGUAGGUAAGGUGUCGAGUUCAUCUGUUCAAGUGUGUUCUGUUUCUUCAUUUACAUCUCUCCAUUUUCGCGUGCUUGCCAUUAUCAACUCUCUCUAUCUCUACAUACCCUGGGCACGGAGUAGCUCUUCUUGAAUUCCUAUCUCCAAGUAGCGGCCGUUACCAAUAUACUCUACAUACCAUUGGCACGGGAUAUCUAAUUCAUUCCUCCCUCUCGUUCCCCUCCAACCAUCUACUCUCACCCCACCUCAUCUCCAAAUUCAAAAUGUCCCUCCACAAAUCUCGCUCCCGAAGUUCGCUAUCGGAAAAUGGCGACGUGAAAGUAGCCCCCGGCACCACGCAGAAGAUCGACGACCCCGAAUCCAAACUCGGUUUCGCUUCCGAAUCCGCAUAUGUCUUCGAUCACCAGGCAGAGAGGGCUCUGUGUCGCAAGUUCGAUUUUCGCUUGCUGCCCGUGCUAGCUUGCAUGUACCUGUUCAACUCGCUUGACAAGGGAAAUUUGGGAAAUGCGAAGACGGAUGGCAUGGAAAAGGAUUUGGGCUUCAAGAGUAAUCAGUAUAAUAUCAUCUUGAGUGUAUUUUAUAUACCUUAUGUAUUAUGCGCACUUCCUAUUGCUAUGCUUGGAAAGAAGUAUGGACCUGCAACAGUCCUACCUAUUCUUAUGAUGUUCUUUGGAUCAUUCACUAUUCUUGGAGUCGCAGCCCAAAACUUCGGAGGCAUGAUGACCCUCAGAUGGUUCCUCGGCAUGUCCGAAUCUGCCUUCUUCCCCCUCGUAAUCUACUACCUCACCACCUUCUACCGUCGUGGAGAGCUCGCUCGUCGCCUCGCCAUCUUCUACGCUGCUAGCAACAUUGCCUCUGCCUUCUCCGGUCUCCUAGCCGUCGGAUGUUUCCAAAUCACCAACACCCCUCUCUACCCUUGGCGAUACCUCUUCCUCAUCGAAGGCAGCGCCACCCUCCUCUUCGCCUUCUUCGCUUUCUUUUACCUCCCCGCCUCGGCCUCAACCGCCAAAUUCCUCACCGAAUCCGAACGCGACCUCGCCUACCACCGCAUCCAAGUCGACUCCUCCUCCAUCGUCAACGAAGAGUUCAACCUCCACGACUCCCUCGCCAUCUUCAAACAACCCUCUACAUACGCCUUCCUCGCCAUCGAAAUCUGUCUCGGUGUCCCCCUCCAAAGUGUCAAUCUCUUCCUCCCCCAAAUCGUCUCCCGUCUCGGCUACUCCACCAUCAAAACCAAUCUCUACACCGUCGCCCCCAACGUCUCGGGCGCCGCCAUGCUCCUGAUCCUCGCCUUCUCCUCCGAUUACACACGAAGACGUGGCCCCUUCAUCGCCCUCGGUUUCCUCUUCACCUUCAUCGGCUUCCUCAUCUACGUCUCCAUCGACGUCACCUCCCAACUCCACGUCGCCUACUUCGCAACCUUCAUGAUGUGCUGGGGAACCGCCGCUCCCAGCGUCCUCCUCAGCACCUGGUACAAUAACAACAUCCCGCACGAAGGCCGUCGCGUCGUCAUGAGCAGUGUAGGCGUACCUCUCAGUAACCUAAUGGGAUUAGUAUCCUCCAACAUCUUCCUAAACAAAGAUGCUCCCAAAUACAUUCCCGCGCUCGCCACCACAGCCGCUUUCGGCGGCAUGGGCGUUAUUCUCAGCACAUGCCUUGCUCUCUACAUGAUAUUCGAUAAUCGUCGACGCGACGCCCGACUCGGACGCAAAUUAGAUAUUAACGAGACGCCAACUGAGUUGUUGAGGGAUGGGCCGAGCGUCGAGGAGUUUAGAUGGUUUUUGUAGAAUUUUUUUUUUACUUUAUCUUGUGAAAAAAAAAAAUUCGGAAAAGAAAGGGGAAAAGGAUCAGGAAGGGAAAAAGUUCGAAGAAAGGGGGGAAAAUGUUAUACCUCAAUACGAAAGAGAGGAUGGGAGUUUUUAUCGAUUGGUUUGCUUGUCUGUUACAUUUAUUUAUUUAUGAGAUACCUGGAUAUUUACUCUGAGAGAUUAAGUAUCAAUGAUUAUAUUAUUACGAAAUUAAUAUUAUUAUACCAACAUGACUAUAUAUAUUACUUACUA